AUGAUACACAAGGUGAAUCUCACCACCGAACAUUGUAUAAAAGGUGAAUAUUGUCCUGAAACUUUAUCAAUCUCCUUUGUCUGUCCAACAAAGAGAAUCACAGAGACAAUCAAAAUGUUCAAGGUAUUGUUCCUCGCAACUAUCGCUGUGACUGCUGCUAAGCCCAGUAUUACCCCUGCUGCGUAUGUCGCCGCCCCAGCUCCUGUCGUGGCUGCUCCUGCUCCAAUCGUUACUGCCUCGAGCUCACAGUACAUCGCAAGGAACUAUAAUGGCUAUGUUGCUGCACCCUUAGUAGCUGCUGCCGCGGCUCCAAUCGUGGCAGCGCCAGCCUCAUACGUCGCUCCAGCAGCCAAGAUAGUAGCACCAGCAGCGCCACUUAUCUCUGCUACUGCUCCUGUAUACGCCCGAUAUGCUUCACCAUACGUAGCUGCUCCUUACUUUACUGCCUCCGCUCCUCUUGUUGCCCUAAAGUAA